CCUAUGCCCCACCCCCUCACCCUAUGGCUCCGCCCAGCCCCAGCACAAACAGCAGCGGCCACAGUGGAGCCGAGCAGCUCAGUAAAACCAACCUGUACAUCCGCGGCCUUCCUCCCGGAACCACCGACCAGGACCUCAUCAAGCUCUGCCAACCAUAUGGGAAAAUAGUGUCAACGAAGGCCAUCCUGGACAAGAACACGAAUCAGUGUAAAGGUUAUGGCUUUGUUGAUUUCGACAGCCCCGCAGCAGCUCAGAAGGCUGUGGCGUCACUCAAGGCCAAUGGAGUGCAGGCGCAGAUGGCUAAGCAACAGGAGCAGGACCCCACAAACCUGUACAUCUCCAACCUGCCGGUGUCCAUGGACGAGCAGGAGCUGGAGAACAUGCUGAAGCCGUUCGGCCACGUCAUCUCCACGCGGAUACUGCGGGAUGCCAACGGCGUCAGCCGGGGGGUGGGCUUCGCCAGAAUGGAGUCCACUGAAAAAUGUGAAGUUGUGAUUCAGCAUUUUAAUGGGAAGUAUCUGAAAACUCCACCAGGCGUCCCUGCACCAUCCGAGCCUUUGCUGUGCAAAUUUGCUGACGGAGGUCAAAAGAAGAGGCAAAACCAGACCAAAUACCCCCAGAAUGGUCGGCCGUGGCCCAGAGAAGGGGAGACGAGCAUGGCGUUAACGUAUGAUCCUGCUGCUAUGCAGAACGGGUUCUACUCCUCACCAUACAGCAUCGCCACAAACCGUAUGAUCGCACAGACAUCCAUCACACCCUUCAUCGCUGCUUCUCCUGUGUCAACGUAUCAGGUCCAGAGUACAUCAUGGAUGCCUCACCAACAAUAUGUUAUGCAACCAACAGGUGCUGUGAUCACGCCAGCCAUGGACCACACCAUGUCCAUGCAGCCAGCCAGUAUGAUGGGGCCCCUCACCCAGCAGAUGAACCACAUGUCCCUGGGUACAACAGGAACUUACAUGACCGCUGCGGCCGCAGCUGCGCCUAUGCAAGGGACGUACAUUCCCCAGUACACUCCUGUGCCUCCGUCUGCUGUCCCUGUGGAAGGAGUGGUCACUGAUGCCGCCCCCCAGACGGUUGCUCCCUCGUCACAGGACGCCAGCGGACAGCAGCAACCUUUGCAGGUGGAGAAUGCCAACGAACAUGCGCCAGCCUACUCGUACCAACAGUCGAAAUAACGAUGGGAAAAGUGAAUAUUCCUGUGACAGCGAUGCCUUGAGACGGGGGACUGCACUGAAACACACAAGGGGAGAGAUAGCUUCCAGACCGCACAGGCACCACAAGAGAUACGUCUUCAUUUCCUACCUGGCCUGGGCACGAAAAGAAAGGGGGGGUUUGUUAAGCAGUGCAGAGAGAGUCAGUCUGGUAGCCUGACACUUGGGUUUAUUGUCAGCCAAUGAGAGGCUUGAAUUUUUCUUCAUGAAAUUUCUUGAAUUAAAAAAAAAAAACCAUAAAACAAAAAAAAAACAUUUGAA